GACCCCGGCGCCGCCUCCUGGUCCGGGUCCGGGUGCGGUGCCGCCGGGGAGCCCGAUGGACGAGUCCCGGUGCCGAUGAACCUGUUUGCAACAUGGGAGAUCGACCGGUCCUCCCCGAGCUGCGUGCCCAGGCUGUGCAGUCUGACUGUGAAGAGGUUGAUGGUUCUGAAGGAUCUGGACAGAGAGCUGAGCUCCGUCGUCAUCGCUGUCAAGAUCCAGGGUUCAAAGCGGAUUUUGAGGUCCAACGAGUAUCUUCUUCCUCCGGACGGCCUGAUGGAGACGGACCUGGAGCUCACCUUCUCUCUGCAGUAUCCUCACUUUCUGAAGCGAGAUGUGAACCUCCUGCAUGUGAUGCUGCAGCGGAGGAAGAGGUACAAGAACCGGACCAUCCUGGGCUACAAGACCCUUGCUGUUGGCGUCAUCAACAUGGCCGAGGUGAUGCAGCACCCGACAGAAGGCGUCCACAUCCUCGGUCUCCACGGUGCCCUGAAGGACACACCGGUGCGAGGGGCGGAGCUUAGCGUUCUGUCUCUCAGCAGCCAGCCAAUCGAGCAGGAGGACGCGGGCGCUCACCAUGGCAACAAGACCAAGGCCUCAGACCGCUCUCCUGACAUGGAGAACUACUGGGAGGACGAUGAGGAGAGUUUCUCCUCCGAACAGGAAGGAAGUGACGACGCUGCCCCUCCUCAGGACAUGGACGACGAUGACGACGAUGUCCAGGGAAAGACGAAGAAGUCUCGCAGGAAAAUGGUCCGAACGGCGUCCCUGACUCAGCAACCGAACUUCAAACAGAAGUUUGUGGCUCUGCUGAGAAGAUUUAAAGUCACUGAUGAGGUCCUGGACUCGGACCCGGUGGGUCAGAGUCAGGAGGCAGAAGAGGACCUGGACCUGCUGUACGACAGUCUGGAGCUCUACAACCCAAGUGACAGCGGCGCCGAGCUGGAUGACAACGACAGCAUCGUCAGCACGCCCAAACCCAAACUCAGGCCGUUCUUCGAGGGCGUCCCUCAAUCCGGCUCUCAGACAGAGAUGGUGAAUGUGAGCGGUGGGAGGAGCCUGCAGGGACCGCCGCCCGCCGCCGCUGCAGAGGCUCCUGGAGGCCAGGGGCCCCGAGUCCCCGACCAAACCAGAGGAGACGAGACCGGUCCCGGGGAGGUUGAGGAUGAUGUUGUCAUGGGAACAGAUGCAGGCCCAGCAGCCAAACUUUGCAAAACUGAAUCUCAAACACAGCUGUCCCCAAGUAGUAAGACAGGCAGUCAGCUGUCUCGCCAUCCUUGGAGCGCCUCUAUGAAAGACAGACAGAACUCCAGAGGGACAGACAGGACCAGCAGCGUGGAUAGUGAGACAUCAGCUGACUACAGGACACCUGUCCCACAGGUCGCCAGGAAAUCUGUCCUGGAUCAGCUGAACCACAUCCUGUUCUCUGAGGACCAGAUCCCAGAGUCCAUCAUCCUGAUCAACACCACAGACUGGCAGGGACAGUACCUGUCUGAGCUGCUGUUCGACCAGCCGAUCGUCUGCACCGUCUCAUCAGCUGAUGUUCAGGCGGCGUUCAGCGCCGUCAUCAGCCGCAUCCAGAGAUUCUGUAACUGUAACUCCCAGACACCGCCCCCAGUGAAGGUGGCGGUGGGCGGCGACCAGAGCUACCUGAGCGCCGUCCUCAGCUGCUUCGUGGACCAGCUGGCCAGCAAGACACCCGACUGGCUGAGCUACGUACGAUUUCUCGUCCUCCCCAUCGGUCCCCACCCGCUGGCCAAGUACCUGGCCGCCCUGGACAGUAGAUUCAGCAGCCUGUUCAUGGACGCCGGCUGGAGAGAGCUUUUCGGACGCCUGGAGCCUCCUCCUCUCGACCCUGUGGGCGUCGCCGGCCGGGUGUCCCAGUAUCUGGCCGGAGCGGCCGUGUCUCACCUGUGUCCCAUCUCAGAGGCCAUGCUCACCUGCAAACACAAGAGCCCUGACGACGACUCCUGCCAGAAGUUUGUUCCUUUCAUCGGGCUGGUGAAGGUUGGCAUCGUGGAGCAGAACUUCCGCUCCACCUCAGUUGACUCUGAUGACAUCAUACUGGGAUCUCCUCCUGGCCAAUCAGGAGCACCGAUCAGCAUCACCUCCACGCCUCCGCCCUCCCCCUCCAUCAGCUGUCCAGGGGAGGUGAUGGGUCUGCAGGUGGACUACUGGAGCAUUCAGGGAGCGGGGGGAACAGGGGGAGCAGCAGGAGGAGGAGGAGCAGCAGAGCGGAGGAGGGAGGCGGGGAUGAAGAACACGCUGAAGAGCAACUUCCGCUGCGUGCAGGUGUCGAGGAUCAGCGGUGGAGAGCUGAUGAGCAUGACGGUGGUGACCAAAGAGAAGAACAAGAAAGUCAUGUUCCUCAGCAAGAAGACCAAGGAGAAGGAGGCGGAGUCCCGGAGUCAGCUGAUCGAAGGAAUCAGCAGACUGAUCUGUACCUCCAAACACCAACACACACUGAGAGUCUCUAUAGACGGAGUCGAGUGGAACGACGUGAAGUUCUUCCAACUCGCCGCUCAGUGGCCGACUCAUGUCAAACACUUUCCCGUCGGAAUCUUCGGAUACAACAAGCCCUGAAGCUUCGCCUCCUCUUCGACUGAAGCUCCGCCUCCUCCUGGCUUGCAUCACAUGACCUCCUGGUAGACGUGUCCUGGAGGACCCGGUCUCCGUCAGAAGGACAGAUCCAUAACGUCCUAUAAAAGAUGACAGUGUAGGUUAAAAAUAUGUACAUUGGUUUUAAGUAGUGAACGCCCUCUAGUGGCUGUCGUUAUUUUGAAAGAAGCAAAUGUUUGUGGUUACUUUUGUGUCUUUAUGGAACAGAACAGAUUUGAGACCAAAACACUGCAACCAAUCAACAUGUGACUGCAGGGUAAAGACAAAGAGUAAUAAAUUGUGUUUGCGUCACAUUAAUAAGUCACAGUUCAUUUGUUCCAUGUGAGUCAUUGUCUUGAUUAUUUCUAUGAAUUCAGCUCUUGAUAUUUAUUAAAUACAAUAAUAAUUAUGAUAAUAAUGCAGUUUGUAUGUGGAUUAACUCAUUUGAAUGAUUUAUUUAAUGUUCUUUAAUGUUGCUGCUAAAAGCUGAUUCAUGUUUUCUUAGUCUGAACAUGUCAGGAGGAUCUGAAGGUUGUUUCCUGUCAGACUACAGUUCCCAUGGUCCUCAGUGAGGUCACGUUGUGUAGUUCUGUUGUGUGUUGAAGCUUCACACUGCCUCUGCUUGCUGCAGACCUGGGACCCUUUAAAAAGAAACUUUUGUAACAGAUGUGAAAAAUUAGUUGGAUGUUUGAAACAAUAAAUUAAACUUUAAA